AUGCCCAGGGUCCUAGAAACCCCCAAGUGGGACUGGUUGGGUGGGGCUGCCUUCGUGCUGAAACUUCAGCACGUCCAUCAGAGGAUUCUCAAGGGGGAGAUGCUUGGUUGUGGCAGGUCAGAGGAUUCCCAGUCUGGAGGAGAUUGGGGUUAGGAGCUAAGGUAAGAUUGCUGGGAGUUGGGUGGGAGUCUCCAGUGGGUGAUGGCUGGGUCCUCCAUGCCCACUGCCCUGAGAUGGGAAUAGGUAGUACCUAAUACCUAAGCUUACACUGUGCCAGGUGCCAGGUGUUCUAAAUGCUUUACUUCCAGUAAUGGUUUUACUUCUCCACAAUAACCUUCUAAGACAGGUACUAUUAUACCAUUUUACAGAUGGGAAAAGAGAGGGCAAGAAGAUGGCAGAGAUGGGAUAUAAAUCCACGCAGUCCGGCUCCAGAGUCCUCGCUGUAGCCAUCUUGAGGCCUUGUGGCUGCUCUGAUAACGGGCCAGGAGCUGGUCUGGGGCUGGAGAGUAGAUUCCUGGCUUCCAAAGGGGACUGGGGAUCCUAUGCCCCCACAUCCACUGCUUCCUUCUUCUGCCCCGGUUUCCUGGCAAGUGCUGCAGAGGUGCUGUGGCAGGAAGUCCUGUGGUCAUGGCCCCCCAGAAGGCAGGCUCCGCCAGGAUGGGGCCCCUAUGCCUCCUCCUGACUGCCGUGCUGCUCCUGGCCCAGGCGGCGCCGAGGAAGGCCUCUCAGCACUGCAGCCGGAGUACCGGAACCCUGAGGACCUGUGCUGUGGCAGCUGCUUGCAGCGCUUCGGGCCGCCCCCUGCUCGGACUGAAUUUUCGGAAAACUGCGGGCCCGAUGAUGCGGGCAAUCACGUAACGCACCCCUUCAAAGAGUGUCCUCCUGGGCAGUGCAACCCCAACAGCGAGGAGCUAUGUAGCCCUUGUGGCGGCGGAGCAACGGCCCCCACUUCCUUGGGGAGCCGCGGCGGGACCCGGAGGCGCGGCAGACAGCCGGUCCCUAACAAGGAGCCCUGCCCCCUGACACGUGGAAAGCUGAGCGUCCUUAGUUCCCAGGAGCCCAGCUUACCGGCGAUUUCCAGUCUCCUGUGGACAUCUGAGCACAAAGUCCCUCAGCAGGCCUGGCCGAGUUGGAGUUUUGACCUGUCCCUGGUGCUGGUUCUGCUCAUGACCUCAGCAGAAAUUCUCCUGCUCGCCCUGCAAAGGCACCGCCGUCGCCACCACCAGGGGAAAGCUGUCCAACACCCCUAUCCUGGCUUGGUUUGCAACGACCUCAACAUCCACACCCUAUUCUCCUUGCACUUGUCCCCUCCAGGCUCCCUGGAGGCUUCAGAGGCAGGGGACUCAGGGAAGGAGGUCCCUCUGCCUCCACUCCUAGGCAGGGAGCUGCCAAGUCUGGAAUCACAGCCGCUGUCUCGCCUCCUGGAUGAGCUGGAAGUGCUGGAGGAGCUGAUCGUGCUGCUGGAUCCUGAGCCUGGGCCAGGUUGGGGGAGAGCCUGUGGCAGCACUCGACACCUGGCUGCAAAAUAUGGACUGCCUGCUGCCUGGUCCACUUCCGCCUACUCCCUGCAGCCCAGUCGCUGGCCUCGGUGGGCCCUGAUGGAGAUGGUGGUGGCAAGGGAGCCCUCUGCCUCUCUGGGCCAGAUUGGCGCACACCUGCCCAGAGACGGCGGGCAGAUGCACUGCAGGUGCUGUCCAAGCUUGGCUGAGCUGGGGCCUGCCCAGCCUAGUACCCGAUAAAAAUAAAGUUUCCGUUGAAGUAA